CCCUGUUCCCAGCCCAGCUGGGCUCCACGGGGCGGCCCCCUGGCCCUCGGGCUGCUCUUCCCAGCGCUCGCCCGCCCACCAUGCCUCUGCCAGCGAGGCCCGUGUUCCCAGGACGGGGCUGCUGGGAGCCAGAGGCUGUGCUGGGCCAUGGCGGUGGGCUGGGGGGGAUUGUGGGUGGGCUGGCACAGGAAACGCUGCACCUCGCUGCUGUUCAAAGGCACCACGCUGAGAUUUCUCCCUUUGCUGUGGCGGCGCGGGUGGCUGGGUGCUGGUGGUAGUGGAGGAAGCGUGGAGGCCUGUGGUGGGGGGCCUGUGGUGGGGGGCCCACACCCACCAACCUCUGCACAGCAUGGAGGGAACUGAGCACAGACCCUGGGCCCCAAACCUGCCCCAGUUCGUGUCCCACUGAAACCCCAGUGCCACCCAGCGUGUACAGGCAGCAUUCCUUGUGCCCUGGCUUCAUGGCAGCAACACUCCAGCUGCAGCUUCUUCCAAGUGCUCUCUCCCAGCUUGUUCCUCUGUCAGUACAGGCAGCGUUCCUUGUGCCCUGGCUUCAUGGCAGCAACACUCCAGCUGCAGUGUUUCUUCCAAGUGCUCUCUCCCAGCUUGUUCCUCUGUCAGUCAAGCAGCAUCCUGUCCUUCCCGCAGGUGAGGAUGAUGGCCAGCCCAGAGGACGACCUCAUCGGUAUCCCCUUCCCUGAGCACAGCAGCGAGCUGCUGAGCUGCCUGAACGAGCAGCGGCAGCUGGGGCUGCUCUGCGAUGUCACCAUCAAGACGCAGGGGCUGGAGUACCGCACCCACCGUGCCGUCCUGGCUGCCUCCAGCCGCUAUUUCAAGAAGCUCUUCGCCGGGCCGGGGCCGGGCCAGGAGGUCUGCGAGCUGGACUUUGUGGGGCCGGAGGCACUGGGCGCUCUGCUGGAGUUCGCGUACACGGCCACGCUGACCAUCAGCAGCGCCAACAUGGGCGAGGUGCUGCGCGCUGCCCGGCUGCUGGAGAUCCCCUGUGUCAUCGCUGCCUGCGUGGAGAUCCUGCAGGGCAGCGGCCUGGAGGCGCCCGGCCCCGAUGACGGCGACUGCGAACGCGCCCGCCGCUACCUGGAGGCUUUCUCCAGCCUCCCCGAGGGUGAGGUGCCUGCCCCGCCGCCCCCCCGCCCCACCCCGCGCCGCAGCAAGAAGACCCGCAAGUUCCUGCAAGCCCGCGGUGCCCAGCUCAACAACCACGCUGCCGAGGAGCCGCCGCCCGCAGCUGAGGCCGAAGGCUCCGGCAGCCCCCCGCCGCCCUCCCAGCUGCCCUCACCCCCUCUGCCCGAGGGGCUCUCCCUGCCCUACGACAGCUUUGAGCUGCCUGAGGAAGAGGAGCUGCCCCCACACUCCUUCCCCUUCCCCUACCAGCCCCCCUUGUCCCCUGAGGAGGCACCUUCUGAUGAGGAUGCCAUCGACCCCGACCUGAUGGCGUACCUGAGCUCACUGCACCACGAGUCGCUGGCGCCCGGGCUGGACAGCCCCGACAAGCUGGUGAGGAAGAGGCGCUCGCAGAUGCCCCAGGAGUGCCCAGUGUGCCACAAGGUCAUCCACGGUGCUGGCAAGCUGCCCCGCCACAUGCGCACGCACACGGGCGAGAAACCCUUCGCCUGCCAGGUCUGCGGGGUCCGGUUCACACGGAACGACAAACUGAAGAUCCACAUGCGGAAGCACACGGGUGAGCGGCCCUACUCCUGCCAGCACUGCAGCGCCCGCUUCCUGCACAGCUACGACCUGAAGAACCACAUGCACCUGCACACGGGCGCCCGGCCCUACGAGUGCUACCUCUGCCACAAGGCCUUCGCCAAGGACGACCACCUCCAGCGGCACCUGAAGGGCCAGAACUGCCUGGAGGUGCGGACGCGCCGCCGCCGCCGCGACGAGCCGGCCCCGCCGCCCACCGGGCCCGCAGGCCUCGACCUCUCCAACGGGCGCCUGGAGGGGCUGCGCCUCUCCAUUGCCCGCUACUGGGCUCCAGGGCAGCCCGAGGAGGAGGAAGAGGAGCAGGAGGGUGAGGAAGGGCCGCAGCCGGACGGCACCGUGCCGGUGGAGACGGCGUAGGGGCGAUGCGACGGCGGCAGGUGUCGUGGCGUUCCAUGCCGAGCUGUGCCGUGCCCACUGGGGUUUCUGUUCCUGUUUUUCCCGUCACGGUUCAUUCCUAGUUAUGCAAAGGGGGAAAAUCCCCUCGGCCGAUUUGCACAAGGGGGUGGGGGGCCCCUAUCAUCCCCCCCCACCACCGUGCCCGGGCCCACCUGGUCAUGCCCAGGGCGGGUGAUGAUGGGGUAUCGGGACUUGGAUGUCCCCCCCACCAAACCCCUCGUGGGUGCCAGGACCGGGCAGGGGCACCCAUGGACCAAGGCCCCCCCCCAGGUGGGGAGAGCCCCCCCAUCCUCCCCAGUGGGGGGGGGCACUGCCCUACGCUGUGCAUAGCUUGUCCCCACCUCCCCACUCCGAGCAGCCCCCCCCCCCGGCGAGCCCCCCUCGCCCCUGCACUCCCGGCUGCUUUCUCUUGGUUGCACUAUUCGGGUGAGCCCACCCGGGUGCGGGGCAGCCCCGGCCCCCCCCGGACCCUUUUCCCCUUCCGAAAUCCCCCCGGCCCUGUGGGACCCCCUCCUUUUCCCUGGGGUGGCCGGGCCCCCACGGUCACCCCUCUGUCCUUUGCACAUGCCCCCCGCAGGGCGCAGCCUCCCCGGGGGUGGAGGGGACCGGCACUAUUUGUCUACAAAUAAGAGUUUUAUCUAUAUUUAAAAAAAGAUGAUGUAAUAUAUUCCCCCCCAGAGCCCCUCCGCUGCCAACCACCAGCGCUGCCCGGCCCCCACGUGUGCCAUGGGGUGCCCGCAGGGGUGAUGGGGCCGGGGGGGCUCUGCUCCCGUCAUGGCUUUAAAGUGCCUUAUGGUGAACUUGAACCUUUUUCGGCUACUUGAACCUCUCUGGUGUCAGGAACCAAACAAAAACCAUGGGCGGGCGGCCCCCGCCCCGCCGGGCCGCCUCUGCCUGUCUGUAUGUCUGUGUUUUGUUUUUGUUUUGUUUUGUUUUUUUUUUUAAACGAAGGCUGCUUGGUAAUAAACGGAGA